AUGCUUCAGGAAGGGAAGCAGGCCGGGUAUUCGGUGUUUACGGACGUGUCUGAGCAUAGGGGGCACUGGCCGCAUUGCUUUGAUUACAUGAAGCAGGUUAUUGAGUGCUAUGCAGAUGACUCGAUUGAGACGAGCUUUAUUGAUGUCGAUUGGUAUACGUUUGAUGGGUAUCAUACGCCGGGUAGGCAGUGUCGGAAUAAGGAUUGGUUGUAUGAGGUUACAGAGUGUGGGCAGGGUGGGUGUCCUGGGAAAGAGUUUGCGCACACGGAGGCGGAGGUGGAGAGGAUUGAGAGGGAGCAGAGGAUAGAGGUUGAGAGGUGGAAGGAGAACCAUUGA